AUGGACGUAGAUAUAUCGGGCGGCGUACCAGCUGCCUUCGACCCCUCCAAGCCUUUGAAGGGCAUCGUCGUGUGCUGCACGAGCAUCCCACCAAACGAGACUAAAGAUAUUGAGCAAAAAACCACGAACCUCGGCGGCAUCUUCACCGGCGACCUCACCGUCGAAGUAACCCACCUCCUCGUUGGUGACUAUGACACUGCAAAGUACCGCCAUGCCGCCAAGUCGCUGGCCCACGUCAAGGCCAUGGAUGCCGGCUGGAUAGAAGCUCUCACGGAUCUAUGGCGCGAGGACGCGCCCAUCGAUUUCGCCGCCCUCGAGAAGGAGUGGCGGCUCCUGCCGCUGGAGACCGGCGGGGCCGAAGCUGCUAGCUUCGAUGAGGAGGAGCCGCCGAGGAGAAAGAGGUUGAUGGUUUGUCUCACUGGGUUUUUGAACCUCGAGGAACGGACAGCUCUCCAAGAGAAAAUCACAUCCAACGGCGCCCAAUACUCCGGCGAGCUCAACAGAAAAUGCACUCACCUCAUCGCAGCCAAACCGGAAGGCCAAAAGUACCUCGCCGCGCGCAAAUGGGGCCUCAAGGUCGUCUCGCUCGAGUGGCUCAACCAGACCAUCGAGCGCGGCAUGAUCCUCGACGAGAAGUACUACGACCCGUUACUCCCACCCGAGGAGCGGGGGAAGGGCGCGCGCGACGAUCCGGAGGUGGCGUUGGGGAAGAGGCAGAGGCUUGUGAAUUCGUUUGUCGAGCCGGAGGGUCCGAGGCGCAAGUUGAGGAAGACGGCGAGUAUGAAGCUUAGUUCGCAGAGGGAGACGGUGUGGGGGGAUAUCUUGGGCGGGAAUAGUAGCGGCGGUGCGAAGGAUGUCGCCAUUGAGCAAGCGUCGGCGCAGGAACAAGCUAACGCCCGUGCCGACGACGUAGCUUCGGCCGCAGCGGCGCCCGCCCCUCUUCUUCCCCGACUGAAACCGGACGCCGGCAUCUUCUCGACCUCGUUCUUCUUCAUCCAUGGCUUUGACCAGCGCAAGUUCGACAUAUUAAACCAGACCAUCACGGCGCUCGGAGGCCGCGUCUGCCGUACCCUCGACGAAGUCUGCCUCGCCCGCGCCCCCGAACACCCCUGGCACCGCUUCCUCGUCAUCCCCCAAGACUCGCCCUCCAUCCCGCCCGAACUCUCCCCCACAUCCCUCCCUUCCAAUCUCCACUCCGACGAAACCACUACCACCCCUCAAAUCGUAACGGAAUUCUUCCUCGAGCGCUGCAUCCACUCCAAAACCCUCCUCAAUCCCCAAUCCCACGUCCUCGGCCGCCCCUUUUCCAAAUUCCCCAUCCCGGGCCUCCAGGACCUCACGGUGUGCAGCGCGGGAUUCUCGGGCAUAGAUUUGCACCACCUCGAUAGGGCCGUGCAGCAGCUUGGCGCGCGGUUCGAUGAGACCUUUAGGAGGCGGAGCUCGCUGCUGAUAUGUAAGGAUCUGAAGCUCGUGAGGAAGGAGAAGUUGAGGCUUGCGCUCGAACAUGGGAUCCCUGUCGUUGGGGAGAAGUGGUUGUGGGAGUGCAUAGCUAGAGGCGAGAAGGUACCUUUGGGAGCGUACAUGUUUCCCGAGCUAGGACAGAGAGAUCCCGAGAAGGAGAAGAAGGCGGAGGAGAAGAAGCAGCCGAUGCAGAGGACAAAAUCGGAACCCCCAGCUAAAGUGCUGACAAUCGGCGGUUUCGCCGUCGAUUUUGAGGAGGAGGAUGGGGAUGCGCCCUCCGAGGCGAAGAAGAGCUUUGCGAUGACGGCGUCCGCGAGGAAUUUCCAUACGGCGCGGACACACAUUUUCGAUGAUCGGGAUGACUUUACGAUGGGCGAUGCCCCAAUGGCAACGACGACGAGACCGCUGAAAGAAGUAGCCGUGAACACCGUCUCGUCAUCAGAAUCCGCCUCCUCAAACCCCGGCCCUGUUCGAGAAGAAGAUAUACCCCCCACAAAAAAACCACGCUCCCAAGGAGAUAAACCCCAACAGAAACUACAAAAAGAAGAAGAAGAAGAAGAAUCCCGCCGCCAGCGCGAACGCGAACGUUCCAAGCGCCAAGCACGAGAACUCCUCGCCUUCUCGUCAAAACUAACCUCCCUCAUCGACCCCUCCACCUCCGCGCACCCCACCACCGCCACGACCGCCGACGCAACAGAAACGACGGCUGGCAGCAAAGACCGGCGCAAACGCGGUAUCCUAGGCCGCGCGGCGAGCGCGUCUUCCACCACCUCAGGUCUACUAAGACAAAUGGUCUCCGAGGAAUCGGCGCCCGGAUCCUCGGAUAGCAAGGCGAGGAGCGUAUCCGUCGUCGACGGAGAGGACGAAGGUGAGGGGAAUGGGGAGGGACAUUCGACGCUUACGCAGGUCGGGUACGAUGACCCUGGCGCUGCGGAGGCGAGGGCGCAGAUUUUGGGGAGGAUGAAGGGAGAGAAGCAGGAGACUUUAGGGAGGGGGCGGAGAGCGCGGUCGGGUUGA